UCGACCAUCUCUAACCAAAACUAAAAUUAAAAAUUUGUAAACAUUUGUAUUAACCCACGCAUAUUAAGAGCAUGGCGGGUGGCGGUGCCGUCGGCGGUGUGGUACUUAAUUGUCGUACCUGCACACGAGCGUGCAAACAAUACAAAGCACUGCACGAUGAGAUUGAAAUCACACCAGGACCGGGAGGAUGUAAUCAAAGCACUCUGGGAUCUGGGGACGUAGAGGCGACUGCCAGAGCAACAACAACGACAACAACAUUGUCUAAAAUGUUACACUUCUGCACGAGCCUGUCAUUUGAGCAACGGAAUGGUGCCUCAACAAUGCCUCAACAUAUUUGCCUGCACUGUAUACAUCUCUUGGAGCAAUCAUUUAAUUUCAAGCGCAUGGUGAUUGAUUCCGAUGAACUGUUGCGCCUGGGUCUGGAUGAGGUAGAAUUACCGGCUGUUCACGAUGAGGUAGGCGCGGCAGGAACUGUGGAAACAGAGGUGGACGAGGAGGAGUAUAUGAUGAUUGAAAUGUUAAAUGAACAAGGUCAGGUAAAAACUUUAAUAGAUGACCCAGUGGUAAGUUCGGAUGGGGUAAACGAGGAGGAAGAAGAUGAAUUAGUUGUGGAGGAACAGCAGCAUGUUGUGGGUAAAGAGGAUGUGGAGGAAGAGGAAGAAGAAGAAAUACAAUCAGCGGCCAUCGAAGAAUUUGUUAUUGAGGAAAUCAACGAAGAUCAGCAUUUGGAUAUGGAAUAUUCGGAUGUGGAAUAUGUAACAAUAAAAAGUGAAUAUGCCUCUCUGGUGGCCAAUGCCGAUGAGAUUGAAGUGACCAAUGAAAUGAUUGAAGGUGAAGUGAUUGUGAUGCCCCAACCAGAAGAUGAAUCCCUUGACGAAGUGAUCGAAAUGAAUGAGAGAGCUGAGGAAGAACAGGAACUGGAGGAUGACCAGAAGCAACAGGAACAGCAACUGGAACAACAAGAGGAAGAAGUAUACAUGAAUGGAAGAGAAUUACAGACGACUCCUAGCGAUGUCUUGCCCUUCUCGUGUGCAAUUUGCCAAAAGUCCUUCCGCCAAAUGUGCCGCCUCAAUCAGCAUAUGCGUUCGCACAUCGAUGAGAAGCUCUUUGCCUGCGAGAAAUGCGGCAAGAAACUGAAACAUCUGCGCAAUUACAAGGAACACAUGCUAACCCACAGCAAUGUCAAACCACAUCAGUGUAAUAUCUGUGCCCGUUUCUACAGGACCACCUCAAGUUUGGCCGCCCACAAGCAUACGCAUGCCGAGGAUAAACCAUAUAAAUGUGAGCAAUGUGGCCGCGGUUAUGCUGCAUUUGAUCAUUUAAAGCGCCACAAGCUAACCCAUACCGGUGAGCGGCCAUAUGCCUGUGAUCUGUGUGAUAAGGCCUACUAUGAUUCGUCAUCGCUUAGACAGCAUAAAGUUAGCCAUACAGGGGAGAAGGCAUUCCGUUGUGAGAUAUGCGGUGUGGGACUAUCACAGAAAUCUGGCUACAAGAAGCACAUGCUGGUCCAUUCCGGUGAAAAGCCCCACAAGUGUCCCAUCUGCGGGCGAGCGUUCACUUUCACCAGUAACCUUAAUGCCCAUGUCCGUUUGCAUUCCGGGGAGAAGCCAUUUAAAUGUGAAAUAUGUGAAAAGGCCUUCCCCACCAAAAAGCGUUUGAAUAGCCAUUUACGUAUCCAUACAAAGGAUGGGCCAAGGCACUUUCCCGCCCAUCGUGAUGUCUGUGAAAGUGGUGGUGGUGAUGACGGUGCUGAUAGCGGUGCACUGUAUCGUUUAGCCGAUGUAACUGCUGACCAGGCAUCCCUAUCCACCUCUAAAGUAGGUGUGGUGCUCUUAGACUAAAGGCCAUCAUUCUUUAUCUCACUGAAAAGAUGCAAAAGGAAGGAAUUUGGGAUUGUCCAUAAGCUAUGCGACGCACUAGGAUGGAGAGGGCAUCACGUUACACAUUGUAUUUACACGACCUCGCUCCUCAAAUUGGCUUCGAAUGUUACAACAACCUUUUUUUACAAGUUACCAAAACAUAUUUCCCGAAAAUUUGCCUCACAUAGUUUCUGGACAACCUCAAAGAGAGAAACUGAUUUGUUUUAAUAGAGUUUACACUUCAUGAAUCGAAAUAAUAUAUACUAAUAUAUAUUUUUUGACGAUACACCGAUCCCUACUUUUGUAGGGCAGGGACUGGUGCUAAAAGUUGGUGAUUCAACUUAAAUCUUUAAUAAUUGCUUAAAUUUAGUCUAAUUGUAAGUAUACAAUUUAUAUAUAUAGUGAAUAUUAUAUGUUGAAAAGAGAUGAAAUGCCGUUGGAAUUAUAAUUAAAAACAAAUACUUUUUACAUUGAA